AUGGAAAAUCAACAUGGCCUUCCUCAACUUGUCUACAACGGCUACGUUUUCCGAAGGGAUAGAGAACGUGCUAGAUUUUCAAUGAACCGAUUGGGAGAAAGCGUGACAAGAGUGAGAAGUUAUUGGAGAUGCGUUUUAAGAUCAUGCAAAGCACGUGGAAACGUGGAUCCCCACGGAAUCCUUAGGUUAACAAACGAACACGAUCAUCCGCCCAACGAAGAAAAAGUCAAAUAUAGGAACCUUCGGGCCGAGAUCAAAAAAAGAGCACUGGAGUACAAUCAUCCGCCUAAAACGAUACUCGAACAUUUCAACAUAAAAGACGAAUCACUGGAAAAAACGAUAGCCAAUUGGAGAUAUAGAUUCGGGAGCAAAGAGGGUAAACAAUCGACGUCGUCGAGUCCAAGCGAAUAUUAUUACACGACGGGAAGUAAAAUAAAACUACCCCUAACGAAAAUCGAAGUCGACGGUAAAGAUUCGGAUUGGAAAAUAUACAUGGAGAAAAAUGGAGGAGAAGAACACCACGUGUACGCGACAACGAGAGAUGAAACGAACGUGCCGAAAGAGGAAAGCAUCGUUUUAGAAGAGAGUCAAGGGAAUAAAUGGCAAGAUUACAAAUAUAUACAAAGCAAAAAUGGUAAAUAUUUGCUUUUGUACGAAGGAUUUUCUUACAGAAAAUACAUGACGUCAAAAUCGAUGCAAUCGUAUUGGACGUGCACGUUGAGAGGGUGCAAAGCCAAAGCAACAAUGAAACCUGAUGGAUGGUUUAGCCUGACAAAAUAUACUCACAAUCACGAACCGAAUUACGAGGAAAUGGAAAGGAAAGCAAUCAUAUCAGAGUUGAGAAAAUUAACGUUAGAGACUGAACUAUCACCUUCCGAACUGUUAAGACAAGUUGGUGUCGUAGAUGAUCCGGAUAAGAAAUAUCGGGAUACGAUAAAUUUUUGGAGAUGGAGAGCAAAAAGAAAAAUCGAAGCCGAAUCCGCGGGUUAUUACGAAGAUUCUAAAAAUUUACAAUUCGAUGGAAAUUAUAAAUUUGUCAAAACUCAUCAUUCGCAUUUUUUACAAUACAAAAAUUAUUUAUAUAGAAAAUACAUGUCUUCGAAAGUGGAUUCGGGUAGUUAUUGGAGAUGUAGGAGGGAUGAUUGUCCGGCAAGGGCAAAACUCGAUUCGUCCGCAUUGUUAACGUGUACGAAUUUCAAUCAUAAUCAUCCGGAAGAAGAAUUCGAGGGAGAAGACAUGGAACAAGAUAUAAAACAAUUGGUACGGGAUAUGGCUUUGAACACAGACAUGCCGAUCGGUGAAAUACUUAAAAUGUAUCAUUCGGAAGAAGAUGUAGAAUUGAAAAAAUACAUAAAAAAUAUAAGGUGUAGAAAGGAGAGGAAUUUGAGGGAGAAAAAGCGUAAAGUCGAAGAAGCCGUCAUUAAUCAAAUAGAAAUGUUGGAAAAUGUUCCGCCAGGCGUGUUUGUUAAAAUACCGAAAGAUCUCCUAUGCGAAAUAUCAGAAUUGACGGUCAAUCAAGAGGGUGAAACGGAAUAUCCCGAAGGAACGAUAUUCAAAGUCGACGACAAGGCAUUGGUACAGGUUGUCAAUUUCGAUCCGGAUGGUGAUUCGUUCGACGGUGAAUUGUUUUUCAGAAACGAAACGGAAGACGAGUCGGAACAAGUCGAAGGAGAUCAAGAAAUACAAUACGAAGCCGUCAACGUUUCGGAUUACACGACGUACGUCAUAGCAUCGGAUAGAGACGAGGAAGAAGAGGAAGAAGGUGGAGGAGUAGGAGGAGGAGACACGAAUAUAAAAAUGACGGAAGAAAAUUUAGACGAGGAAUUAAAUCGUGAAAAUUUAACGACGAUAGAAACGAGCGUCGGGAGAGGGAAUUACGAUGAAAUAUUCGAUAAAAUCGAAAUAAAAGAAGAAAAAUUCGAUUACGAUCAAAGUGGGAAAAAUAAUGAUCCGAUCGCGGUGCCACCCUCGAAUCCAACUUUACAACCCUCCGUAUUACAAUACGUACCAAUGUCGCAAUAUAGUUUUUACAUAAAUCCAUCGUCAUCGAACAUAGUCACGGAAGAUCAGACAAGAGUCACGUUUCAUCCCGUACCCGGAUUUAGCGGAUUAAACAUAGUCACGAACACGCCUACACGACCGCAAUUUAAUCCUCCUCCUCCUCCACCGCCGGCGGAAAAACUAUACAGGAAGUUAUUGCCCAAACCCAACACGGAUAAUAAGACCAGAGGAAAAUUAACGACGGGAAAAAGGAAAAAAAAUUAA